AUACGUAUUUUAAUAUGAAUCUGUCUCCAAAAGAACUUUCUUCCUUAUUAAGGUAAGUCAUUUGUCAUUUGUUGCUUUCCUCGUGAAUACUCGAGGCUGGAAAAUCGAACUUUUUCGACUCGAUCUUUAAAUUACAUAGCAACAAGUAGGAGCUGUAAGAAGGUAAUCGAAAGGAUAGUAAAUGUAACACCCAAACAGCUGUUGGUAAAAUGUCUGUAAAUUGGUUCAUAUGUGAGACAUGUGUUACAGACUACUAGUAUUAGCGUUGUCAAAAGCGCUAACGAGCAUUUGUAUUGCUGCCAUCGUUUAUUAAACUUUUACUGCUGUAUCCUAAUUGUUCGUUCCAGUUUACGUCUAAGAUAAUUGCGUUGUGUCUCUUUUCUUUUAGCAUCCUUGCAGAAGAUUCUCUGGCUGUUUCAUCUUUUGAAGCUAUUGCUAAUUCUUUACACCAACGUUUUAACAAAAAUGAACAUUUCCAAAUUGGCUGUGCAAUGGUAUGAUACUAAAGAUGUUAUAUGCAAGUGAGGUUAUCCUCUUUUUUUUUCUGUUUAGCGUCGUCCAACCGACCCAAAUUCUUGGCAUUUUUAAAAAACAAAAACAUAAAAAUGUAACGACGUAAGUAAACCAUUUUUCACGUGAAAUAAUUCUUUUAAUCUGAAAAAUGAGCAUAGUAACAGCAUAGAGAAAAACAGGAUCAAAAACAGCAACAUUUUUUAUAGUAUAUUGGGCAUUUUGUUAAUCCAAAUAUGUGAAUGUUAACUUUUAACGUCAUCCUGGGAUACUAGGACCUCCUAUUCUGAGACUUCUUGUCAUUUUUUUUUUUAUUUAGGUUUUUUUUUCAAUCCAAACAACCGACCUACCCAACAUCAGGAAAGCAUUCAACGCUAAACGAAGAAAAAAGGGGAUGGCCUUAGUAUCAGGGCUAGGGUCCAAGUAGCAGGACUUGUUUACAGUCACUUUGUUCCAUGAUCAGUUUGGUUGAAACCAGUCGUUUCGAUACAAAGUUGUUUUGAUACAAGUCAUUUCAAUUCAAAGUCAAGUGGUUAAAUUGCACAAAAAUUUUUGACCAGUACAAUAAUAAUUUGUAUAGUUUGUGUGUGAACAAGAAAAACAUUUUGGGUGAAUAUUCUCUGGUCUUUAAGCCUAGUGUGUGAAACUAUUUAUAAUUCAAGUAAAUAAAUUUGUAUCAAAACGACUUGUAUUGAAAGGACUUUGUGUCAGAAUAAAUGACUGUAAAUCAGAUCGUUCCAUCUCAACUUCAGAUUAUUCGUGUGGUCAGACUGUUCCACGUCAUAAAAAUACAUGUAAUAAUGUAAAUGUGUAAAGAGCAUUUUUAGUAUAAAACUUGAUAUGAGGAACACUCAUUUGACUUUUUCGCUUAAAAAGUGGGGUAUACACAUAAGUAAAACACUUGUCACUGCUAGUGGCUUAAAACAAUGACCUACAUACAUGAAUACAUGUUACAGGUCAAAGUUAAAUUCAGGUUAAAAUUUUUUAACCUAAGUGUAGGUUGGUUCUCACUUUCCUUUGUUUCAUAGCCCUAAUUAUUCAUGAAGUAGGGCUACAUGUAGGAGACAAAGUAAAUUGAGAAUCAACCUAAGUUUAAAAAUUUUAGUGGAUUUGCUAUUGGGCCAGAGUGAAUUCUUUUCUUAAACCUCUCUUACGGGCAAGUGAAGUUUUUUGGGGGAAUUCCAAUUACCACAGAUUUUUAAUCAAUUCUGCUCAUCAAGAUUUUAUUUUGGGCUAUAUAAAAUGUCUCCUGGGAUAGUACAUGUCUACAGUUUGUCUGAGUGGCAAGCUGUAAAACUGAUGUUCUUUUAACCCUGUUGAUACUGUAGUUGGUGUACCAAUGCUCCUAAUAUUUCUUGUUGUGAUUAUUUCCAGUUAAUGCUGUUACAACAACCUGACUUAUUACCUUCAACCAGCCAGAGAAUUGUGGUUCUGUUUUUGUUAUAUGAAAUGUAUAAAUCUGAGCCUGUUGCUAACAAUCCAUUUGCAUCAGUGUUUGUACAUGUUUUGGUGAGUCUUCCUUCUUAUUUGGUUGGUGCAUGUUGCUCCAGGAGGGGUACUCUUGAUUUCAAGUGACAGGGAUGAUUAAAUGGGGGCAAAAAUCAAAACCCAAAAAAUCCGUUGGGCUUCCAACAAAACCCAAAAAAUUCCUUGGACCAAAAAUUAACCUACAAAAAUCCCAUGCCAAAUUUCCAAGCCUUAAAAAUUUCCAGAAAGCAUUAACAGUGAGAACACAAAAACAGCCACAAAACAAGUUUGGUUGUACUUUAUUCGCAGAACUACGUGGCCAGAACACGUAGGCACUACACUGUAACCACAAAUCUUGAGAUUGUUUUGAAUACCCCCAAAAAAUCCCUACUUAAAUCAAGCCACACCAAAUAAUACUUGCCAAAUUUUCCAACCCCAAAAAAUACGAGAAUCAAAAACUUCAAAUACAAAAAAACCCUUUGAUCAUCCUGUCACAUUGCAAAUAAGGGACUGUUACGGUGCGAUAAAAAUUACACAUACAUGUAUGUUUCGCUAGCUGCAAUCCAAUAUGUUCAUUACCGUUCUCAAAGAUGCAUUACAACGCCUUCGAAACCUAAAGUAGAAUUAAAGUACAAAUAUCACUACGAGAACGCAUAAAUAAAAUAAUAACGAGCACGUGCAUAUGGAAUGUCACAAACUUUCGCACGUAUCAGCGAAACAAUGUAAUUAUUACAAAAAGAAAAGAAAUACAAGAACAGGCAAACAAUGCAUGGUGUACAGAAGCAGCAAACAAUAGUUGCUAAUUUCUUCAGUUUUUCCUUGGCUAAAAUAAAAGGUACAUUCUUGUAAAACUUGUUCUUGAGUGCCUUUUGUUUUCAGUUGUUAUUACUGGAAAUUGUUACUAUCUUAACUGAAAGAUUUAAACUUAACAGAUGUACAUAAUUAUUUUUAUGAUUUUGUUUUCUACCAUGUACUGAAUAUGUGUAUGUUAUAAACACUACAAUCAAUGUUAAGAUGCUCUCUUAUCUCCUCUUUUCUCUUGACUAUAUCAAUUGAUAUGAAAGUACAUGUGUUUAAUAGAAUAAAUGAAUGAGCUGAGGGAAAGUUGAAUUGAAAACACAGUAGUGUAAGAUAACAUUUAUCAUCAUUUUAAAACUAAGAUCAUCAGUGUCCAUUUUUAACCUUCAAUGCCAUUUUUUAACGUAGAGUUCAAACAAUGAGGAAAGCAGAGUGUGUGGGCUCGAGUCUCUUCCUGCACUAAGCCAAGCUGAGAAGUCUUUUCUGUAUCUACUGAUCACAACACCAUCAAGAGAUGUAAGUGUUAUAUCGGUGUUCAAAAGGAGCCAAUAACACAGGGUCCAGAGGAGACGUGUUUGUCAUUAGAACAUCAAAACCUGUCGAAAACCUCUGAAAAAUGUGUUAUUUUGAUUGUGUUACAGUUUCAUUGCACAUUCUGUAGACUGCAAACCUAGAGACUGAGGGCUCGGAAGAUCGGCUUACAGUAUAAAAUACAGAAAGGGAGGAAACAAAUUUAGGGGCGAUUUACGAAUCCCUGAAACUCAAAUGGAAUUCAUUCACGUCCAUCCCCUAGUGAUGCGGUUCACAGUGAACGAAGUCACGUGGUACAAGUUUCCUCCCUUGUCCUUUUUUUACUCGGCACUUCGGGCGACGUGCCGUGCGCCAGUGAGGAUAUGGCUUGCGGUUAUUGAUUUUCAAAAUGGCAAACAACAAAGUCGAUCUGGGCCAGAUAAGAAGCAAAGAAAUUGUUUACUGUAGAUUCAUAAAGAUCCCAUUGGGCUAAUUAAUCGUGCUAAGCGACAGGUAUAGACAUUUUUCAAGGUGAGACUUUAAAUAAGUAAUUCAUUUAUUCACACGAAACUCCUUUGGACCCUGUGCAAAUAAGUGUACAGCUUCAUAACUUUGAUAUUUUUAAACCCAUUUUUCAUUGUUAAUUAUUUUCUUGGUUUUUGUUUAGCUUUUAAAGAAAACACCUCGACAAGUGUUAGUGAUGGACUUUCCUGGUGGAGGACAGGUAAGCAGGAAAAAAUAUUAAAAUUUGAUCUGAAAAGCGAAAAUGGACACUAACAGUUUUCUGUUUAACAGGCAGAAAAAACAGAUUGGAAACAGGUGUAAAUGGUUACCAAAAGCGUUUAAAAAUAUUCCCAUUCCCUUUUAAUGGACAACUAAAAAUAUUAAAUGAUUGGGCUAGGGCAUUAAACAAAUCGACCAAAAUGUUAAAAAGGUUGUACAAAAAGGGGGGUAGCUAAGAACAUUAAUGCUCUUUGAAUAAGAUUGUUAAACGAUCGUAAAAGGAGAGCUCAAAAUGUUAAACUUUUCAACAAUAAUUGGUAAACAGUUUCAAAUGUCCUGCUAGUAAUAGGAAAUUCUACAAGAUUAGAUGCACCAAAAAUGAAACAAACCACUGCAAACCCUUAGACCUCCUCAAGACAAUAAACUCAAAAUACACAUAUUCUAUUAGAAACCUAACAGGUAGUCAUUGUUAAGAUACAGUACAAAAGAGCUUCUUCGAUAGGCUGUUAGUCAACUUGUCAUUAGUUUUUAGAAAAAUCUCUCAGGUACAGCAAUUAUUGUUAUAAUUUGUGAUAUUCUGAGCUGUAUUUUUUACAGGUCAAAAUUAAAUUCAGGUUAAAAUUUUUUAUCCUAAUGUAGGUUAAUUCUCAAUUUCUUUAGUCUCGUUGCCACAACUCAUGAAUAAUAUUAUGGCUAGGAGACAAAAGAAAUUGAGAAUCAGCCUAGGUAAAAAAAUUUCAACCUGAAUUUAAUUUGGACCUAUAACAACAGAGUGUCUAUUUUGGCUUGGAUGACUGUCAGGUGCCUGACAACUUACUGUAUUACAAUGUGGGGCUUGAAUUUUUACAGAUGAGCAAUAUACAUGUAUUUUAUAACAACUGCAAAACGCAAUAGUACCUCAAAGAUAUUAGCUCAGUAGAGCUACUCUGAUAGUAGCACUUGACAAUGGUAAAACUGAUGACCUUGUGUCCCUGCAUAACAUAAACAAAAGAUGAACAAGUUUUCAUGCUUGGCCUUUUCUUGUGGUAUUCAAAAUUCUUGCAUUAAUUUGAGAACUCAGGUGGAAUGACAUCCAAAAAUGAAACACUGUUGUCAUUUUUAGUACCGGUAAUUACAUUUGGGACAUUCUAUUCUAGUUAGAUUUUGCUUUUUGUGUGGAACUCGGCUCUGAUACUCAUCUUUGGAGUCACUUUUUGUCCUCAAUAACCAACUCAAAUGAAAUGGCUAUUAUCUGUCAAACUACAGCUGUACUGUUGUGUUCAAUCAUUCUACUCUUUUUGUCAGAAUAUAGACCUAAGUUCUUUGCAGUUGGCUCUGACUGAGAAGAACUCACAGUUGCCAGACUUGAGUUGCUGUGGACUACCUGCUGUAUUGGGUGAUCCUGAUCCGGAUGUAAGGUACAUAAUAGUGUACAAAUAUUAUAAUUCUUACCAUAGAUUUCCUGAGGUGACUUUUAUCAAUAAUGUACAUGUGAAGGGCAUUGGGCUACAUGUACAUGUAAGUUGUGUCUUGGAUGUUACAACAUUUUAACUGUACAUGUAUAAAAAUUAUAUUAUUUUGUAGGUUACAUUUAAAUUCUCUUAUGUCAUGCACUAUUCAUGUAUAGUACAUUCUUUGACUGUAGUUGUUGGGGUUUUUGACUUGAAGAGAUGGCUCAAAUGCAGGCUAGUUUUGAAGAUGACUGGAGACAAAAAUUGCAGCACUUGCAAAGUGAGAAUCUCCUUGCAAAGAUUAUUUAGGACAUAUAGCUAAAAUGUGAGCUGAAAAGUUGUUAAUUGACUUGAAAAAGGGCAGAAGACAUGUGUACAGUAAAAGAAAGUAGAAUAGUGUGCGUAUAGUGUUUUCUUUAGAUUGUUUUUUUUUUCAAAUGCAUGACAGAAAGGAAAAUCGUUAACACAAUGUUCUACUUCACAGCUCAGGAUUUGAUUCAACUGCUGCAUCACAGAUAACAGAGACUCUUGUAACAGGUAAAUUUGAUACAUGUACUUCCUUAAAUAUGACUGACAGCUACUUUGAUCAGUGCUUUGAAAAACUCUCAGGUAACCAAAAUAAUAACUUCCUAUAAUGUAGACUAAACAUUGUACUAAUGUUGAUUCUGUUUAAGUCAAUCAUCUUUUCUGUACUCACAAGUGUUUAUCUUGGCAGAUGCUGUAUUUGGAACCAUUAUUUUCUUUUUUAACUUGUACUAUGGACUUUGUAUCACUGUGAAAGCUCUAAUCCUUAAUCACUUUUGGUUCAGUAUCAAAUAAGGCCUAUGAAAUAAAAAAAGAGCUCUAAGACUUGCUUGUUUCUCAAGAACCAAAAUAAGUCAUCAUUUAAUUAGCAACUGGGCAUGACUAGAGCACAGCAUCAUUGAUGGUUUUUUGAGAGAAAGACAGUAGAGACCAGUGGAGAGUAAAGAAGUAUCCAUGACCAGUAGUAGGGGAAAUAAACCAACAGCAAACCUAAGUACAUGUACAUGUAUUAUUAGAGCAAUUUUUGUAUAACCUUGAAAAUGGUUUCAGUAAGUGUUUGUUAUUUGAUUUAUCAGCGAAUGGGUGAAAAGAUCAAAAAAUGGACUCUUCAUUUUCUGCCUAAGAAAACCCUAAUAUGGAGAAGGCAUUGUUCGAUUGGCCAAUCAUUUACAGUAUGAUGUCAAAGCGAAGUAUUGGUUGAUUUCUAGAAAGUUCUCGGGCAUGAAGUUUUUUUCCCCCCAGCAUUCACUUUAACCAACCAAAAACCACAGACGUUUGUAUCCGUUCGAUAAACCAAUAAAUAGCUCUAUUUCCGUUCGAUUGUUGUUUCUGUUUUGUUCGCCCAUUUUCAUUUCAAGAUCAUACAAAAAUUGCUCUAACUAAUUAAAGUGAAUCAAACCUCAGGCCAAUUGGGGAGAGGCAAGAGCUUUCACCAAUUUUUCUUUUCCUCUAUAAGUGAUAUUCAACAUUCACAAAAACAUCAUUGCAAAGUUAUUUUUCAUUGUCCUUGUCAGCAAGACAAAAAUACCCAUUCAAUGUUAAUUAUUUUCUCUGUAACAGUCUUUUUGCUGCUUCUUUAUGUUUAUUCAACCAAUGUAGAAUUGUGCAUGUACAUUACAGCUGUAAUAGUAAUGCUUGCAGAGAACACAAAACACAUCCCUUUUGCUUCAAAAAAAAUUAUAAGAUGUAAUGAUCCCCCUAAUCUUCCGCCUUCCCACCUGCCAGUUCAUUUUGAACUUCGGUACGGCGCAAGGUGCUUUUUUGUUCUGAUUCUUUGGUUGGGUGAUCAGUAAAUGAUUGUCCUUUAUAAGAAUGAUUGUCAUAACCGAUGCAGAAAAUGAUUUUUAAUCAAUAUUGUAAAAAUUUGAAUAUUAAUUAUGUUUGCUAUUUUUAUUUUAGGGCGUAAUCCUCCUUCUGAGUUAAACCUCAGGCCAGUAUUUGUCAGGGUCCCACCACCUCUUUACUCCUGUGAUGAUGAGGUAAAAAUUCUUAAUAAAUAAAUCCAUGAUUGUAAGAUUAAUGCUUUGAAUCUAAACCGAAAUAGAUCAAGCAUGAUAGGGCUUAUCUCCUUAGUGGUUCCACAGUGAUAAAUAAAGAAAGAUGGUAAAUAUUUCGCUCAGUAGUGAAUGAGAAUGAUGUAAUAAAGAUUAUAAUUAGAUUAUGGGACAAAAAACGGUAUUGAUUCCUCAACAGUAUUCCAUCUUUGUUUAUUUAUCACCAGACAGUGCACUCUUGUCAUUGCUUCAUUUUUCUCACAGAAUGCAGAGCGUUUUCACAUGACAUUACAGCAGCCAUGUUGGUGUUCCUGUGGGAGUUAAACUCUUUUCUUUUGUAAACACUUUCUUUUGUUUCACCAAAUUAAUUUGCAUAGAUGCCAGCCACAUAAGUAAAAAGGCUCUACUGAUUUUGUUGCCUACCGUGUAUGAACCUACAUAUACUUACAGUAUAAUUAUGGCCUUGCUUUUCAUGAGUCUCUCUCCAUAGCUCAGUUGGGUAGAUUGCCAUUUGGUGUCUUAGAGGUCAUGACUUCAAAUCCUGUCAGGGUCUCUAGAAUUUAAGAGUUCCUUCACAGUCAUACAUCUGUCAAUUUGGUGGCCUGUCCUUCAUGGCUCAGUUUGGCUAAAGUACAUGGCAUAACUUGUUUAAUGCCUCGAGUAUUGUUUCAGCUGGGAUCUCAACCCUUAACCCCCUGUUUCACACAGUUUAAUACUCUACUAACAGACUGAGUUACAUGGUGUGCAAUGAUUUUGUCACCUCUGCGUCCUGCGUCCCUGAUUCAUAAAAGUCCCCAAAGAUGCAAAGUAAUUCAUGGCAUGCAUCCCAUAGGAUGCAAAGAUCGAUCGAUCUGAAUAUGUGUAUUUGUAGAAGUAUCCUCUUCCUGUAAUUUCUGUCGCUGUUAUUAUGGCUGUUGUUUAACGAUGCAUAUUUCUUUUAGCCUUUGCUGUGCUUUAAAAUAGAAGGACUGUCUAUAAUUUAAUUUCAGUUUACUGUACUAUACAGUUUUGGAGUCUGUCUUCAGAUUAACUUCUGGUCACAUAACAUCACAAGCAGUUUCAAUUUUGGACUUGAUUUUUUAACUGGGACUCAUGAUUUUUCACAGAUGAGUCCCAGGACUCACCAAAACUUUUUGUAACAAAAUUACUGGGUGUGAAAUAUGUUGCGAAGAGUGCUUUUAGAUACAGUGCUUAUAUUACUUAUUUAUUGCUUAGUGUUGUAUUUCAGUUGUAUCUCGGUAUGUUUGCACGUACAAUUUUAUUUUCAGUGCGCACAUUAUUUAUUUAUUUAAUUGACGUGUACAUUUAGUUCAUUAAUUAACAUCUUAACUUUACUUUGCGUUAUUUUCCUCACUUUAUAUCUGUUGUCCGUGACUGUGCCCACAUGUUGGGUGGCUCCUCCUAAAAUGUACUGCAAUUGGUAGAGGAUUUAAUGGAGCUGAAACCAAUUGUGGAAUUGCACGCAUUUUAGGCAUCCUACUGAUGAACAGUUGUGACUCGUAGAUACAUAUUGUUCAGCAACUACUAUAAUUUUGUGUACUUUGAACACCAGGGGCACAUGCUAUGCUGUCUGUUUUAUCCGGGUGUCUCUCAGAAAAAACAGGGAACACAAUGUUGUAUUGAUAUUAAGACUAGAGCAAACAAAGGGGAAUAAUAGUAGGUACAAUGAUUGCAGCAAAAAGUCAAGAAAGUGAAAUUUGUUUAGUAGAAGGCAAAAAACUUUAUUAAAUGGCUAACCAAGAUCAAACAUACCGUAAAAUUCCGAAAAUAAGCCCCAGGGCUUAUAUUUUUGAAACGCCCUUUUAGAGGGGCUUAUUUUUGGAGGGGCCUAUAUUCAGAGGGCCUUAUCUUUGGAGGGAAAUUUGCCUUUCUAAAUCGAUUGGGCUAGCCAUACAGUUGGAAGGAAAUUUACCGUUUUUGCUUUGUUUUACUUAAUAUUUGAGGGCAGUUUCCAAGUAUAAGCCCCUGGGGGGCAUAUUUGGAGGGGCGAUUUAACUGACGGUUUUUUGCGUUACAAGUUUGUGGGGCUUAUACAUGGAGAAGCUUAUUUUCAGAAUUUUACGAUAUUAGGCUAUUAUUGCUACUGCAUUAACCCUUUAAGUCCCAAUAGUGACCAACAUCAAUUUUCUCCUAACAAUAUCCAUACAAUGUCAAGAGAUGAGGUUAUGAGACUUAAUAAAAUGAUCACCUAAGAGAAAAUGCUUUAAUCUUUUAUAAAAUUCUAACUCAUUCUUUAAGGAAAUGUAUAGAGAUCAGUUUGUACAUGUAUAUUGGGGCUUCAAGGGUUAACCCGCCGAAGUCUGUCAUUAUUUUAACAGGGUACAAUACCUACAAUUACCACAUGAUACAUUGUCAAGGACAAUAGUCAAAAUAUUAUGACAGUGUACUGACAGCCGUGGUUAAUGAGAGUGUUCCAGAUGUGCUUUUUUUCAAUCCUGUUGUGUUUGUUUUGUUUGUAGCUCGUGUGGAUGAAUCCAACCAGUGAAGUGCACACAGUUGAGUGGGACAGUACAAUGUGUGUUACAAACAGUGCUGGUAAGUAGACUUGAUGCUAUCAAGCUGGGCCGAGUUGUUCGAGGCUGGGUUAAGAUAACCCAGGGUUAGUGCAAGAUUUGAAUUCAGAUUUGAAAGCUUAAAAAGCAUUUCAGUUUUAAUUCUUUUUGUCUACAAGUUGAUGAUUGGAAGCUCUAAAAAUAACAGAGAAAAUUAUCCGAGAAAAUGCUUUUGAAUACAAGAUAAAGAAACCAGGGUAAAUUCAACCCCGGGUUAAGUGCUAAUUGGCCUUCGAACAACUGGGCCCUGGCUGUUAAAGGGGUAGUGUCACGUGGUUAUUACUGUUUUAGGUCAACUCUGUGCCAAGUCAUUUCUUAGUGCCCAUACGCCACUUGCACAUCUCCCACAAUCAUUAAUGCACCAUAUUUGCCCCCCCAAAAUUUUGCAUAAUUUAUUAAAAUCUAUGAAUUGCAUUUCGUGUAACUUGCUUUACAUUGUGGCUCUAUUUUAGUGUUGUUAUUUAUUUAUUUCGCCACUCAUAUCUUUCUUACGGUAGUUUAAGAUUGCAAAACAUGUCUAGAAGCAAGAAAAUAUCUGCAAGCUUGUUACAGCUUUUCUAAGGAGAUCUCCCCUUUGUUUUUUGUGGUGCAAACCUGAGUACAGUUCACAUGUAAAUAAUGCAUUAUAGCUCUUUCAGGAAGCUUUUUUCAAGCAAUUUGUGUUUUAUUCUCAUUGUAUUUAUAGGUGCAGAAGUUCGUAGGUUAAUGAACAAAGCUUUUAAGGCUCCCUUGGUCUUACAACAACAACAGGUGAUAAGAAUUCUUGUUUUUUGUUGUUGUUGUUGUUAAAAAAGCAUGCCACGCUAGACCUUUAGCCUUGGUAUCUGGUCACCUCGCCACCAAACUAUCUCGCCACCAAUGAAGUCGCCACUAACCAUCGUUUUGAUCUGUGAUUCAUGAACGGAAAUUUCUUAACCGUUACUAUAUUUUUAUAUUUCAAAGAAAUGACCAAUGGUUGUGAAACGUUUCUGCCAGCGUUUUAAAUCUCUCAAAUGCCAAAGUUUACAUUCACCGAACCUAUACUUGUGUUAUUACUGUUUGCAUUACCAAGAGCAUAAAACGUCCGACGCAAGGAUCGUCAAUUAGGAUCGACAGAUUUGUAUUUGGGUCGACUUUAAAUUCGAAUAACCUUGACGAAAAAGUAAAAAUCUUAGGAAAGUAAUCCUAGGUAUUAAACUGUGGCAAUUAUUUCAGAGUUAUUCGUUGGUGACGAGUCGACGUAUUGGUGGCCAUUUCGUUGGUGGCGAGAUGACCGUAAACCUUAGCGUUAGGCUACUUCUUUGUGCCAAGUAGCACACGGGAAUUAGGGGUCUCAGUGUUGAGGAGUGUCACGGCUGUGAUCAUCGUAGAUAAACAUAAUGUAAAAUAUACCAUUGACUGUUUCUACUGUACUUGUCUCCUGUUAACCAACACUACUGUAAAAGCAGUGAAAGAACAUCUAAUAAAGAAAAAUCGGUUUACGGGCAAGUCGCCCGAAAGUGACUAGUUUCUUUCAAAGAAACAUCCUAUGUUAGUCUGCGCAGCAUGCAGUUUUUUGUUGGGUUCUUCGUUUGUGGUUCGCAAAGUAGAUACACCCUCGCGAAAGUAACCUGAGAUCAGGCCUAGCCUGUUUUUAUUUGUCUUUUCGUUCUUUUCGAAAACAUCACGCGCGCUCGAAGGACUUUCAAGAGAAUAUAGAGGGUCUGUGAACAGGCUAAUCCUAUCUAUACUUGUGGAAUGUAUCUUUUUGUGUUCAAAUGGAUAUCCCCAAAUGUCCAUGUAUUCCACUAUGUUCUGUAUAAUAUGUAUUCAGAAUUGUUUACUAAGGUGUUUGUGGUAUGGAGGUUUGUUAUAUCAAGGUUCCAUUGUACAAUGGUCAUAUUCUGCAACUAUGAACCUGUGCAUGGAAGGGUACAUUUAGGUACUCUUUGCUGUAAUGCUUUUCUUACUUUUCCUUUAGUGUACAGUGCAUGUAUUCUUUACAUGGGUCUUGUGUUGGCUUACUAAUUUUGUUGUUUUUGUUUCCAGCAAGUUUUAAGUGAACUUGAAAAAGACCCUAAACUGGUGUAUCACGUAGGACUUACUCCUAGCAAGGUACGUGAACUCCACGGCAUAAAAACAGCAGAAAACAAACAAAAAAACAAACAAAACAAUGAUACAGAUGACUUUUCUCACACUUAUUUAAGGUUUUUAAUUCUUCGUUAGCGGUAAUUUGUUCUUGCAAUAGUUAAGAAUGCUCCUUUCUGCACGGAAAUUUUUGUCUUAUUAAUAAUUUGUGCCGCAUGCAUAUACGUAUUUGAUUGAUUUUUUUUCCACGUGAACUUUGUAUUUAACGAUUUUUAGUAACCUUGUAUCUCUUAUUACCAUUAUUCUCUCAAUAGCUCCCAGAUCUUGUGGAGAACAAUCCAUUGAUUGCCAUUGAAGUCUUGUUGAAGUUAAUGCAGUCGAAUCAAAUUACAGAGUGAGUGGUAUUUUUUUGCAGUUCCUUCACUGUGCAGUUCUUAGCCUGUGUAGCUGGCGGAAGUAGCGCGCCAGAGCUGUAGUUUGUAGUUUUGGCAGGCCCCAAAACUCCCUUGCUUCGCGUGGCGGCUCUGCCGCUAAAGAUGCAUGGAUUCCGCUGUCACGUAAUUUUUUACACGUGUCAAUAAAAGAACCGAACGAAAGUCACACGAGUGGUAGGUCCUUAUUGUAUGCUGUAGGUUGUUUUGGUAAAAUAUAUAGAACCGCCUCGUUAAUUUUCGCCUCUUUGUUAUUUCGAUAUUGGGAGAAUGUCCGAUAUGUCUCCAAGACACACUAGUCAUAAAGGUUGAAAUGAAGGCGUUAAUGAGCAAACGUCCAAGAAGCUGCGCUUCCUCAGGCGUUUUAGUCCUUUUCUUCACAGAGACGAGCGCGAAACGCGAGAGACACGCGAGUGACUGGUGAUGAAACGCAAGGGACAUGUGGGAAUGAGAAAAAUGAGAGGUGAAGACGUCUCACCCGUUGUCUCCGUGCCGCCUUCUUUUGCGCGCACAUUUUCAGUGAGGGAGAGACGUCUGGGUACGAGGCAGAACCAGAAGCAUAUAUAUGCUUCUAUUACAAAACCACUCGUCUUGCUGUCUCUCCUUCGUGCCCUUACACUCACUCCUGUUACCCGGAUGUUUUACGCGUACAUCCGCUGUACCAGUGCACUACAUUGAUUCUGUCUCUUGAGCUCUUAGAAAGAAAGGUCUCAUUGUAAGCUACGUGAACCUAUGCUCUACUUAUGGUUAGGUCAGUGUGAAGAAGAUAAAAGGUUACUUACUGUGUAGCGAAGAGUAUUUCUUUUACCCCAAACUACGUUUUACCUCAAGGUGUUCAAAAUUCCAGAAAAAAAAACUCUCCUGAUCCGUUUUCUCGGCAUUGUGCCUUUUUGUUUUUAGAUAUUUUUCAGUCUUAGUAAACAUGGAAAUGUCGCUGCAUUCUAUGGAAGUAGUUAAUCGACUAACUACGGUAAGUUAAAGUUGUUUUAUUAUUUGCAUAAUUGUUGACAGGGCAUUUCAUACCUUCUUGAGACGAUAUACAUGUAUUACUGUAAAUAGCAUUUUUGGUCAGGUAGUUUAAGAGAGGGGUCUAAUUACAGUGAGACUAUUCGAACUGGGGCACUUGGAAGAAGAGUAUCCAAUAACAAUGUGUUUUGAAAACAAAAGAUUCUCAAGUUUUUUUGCAAGCGAACCAAUAAAAUUCAAGGUUCAAGAAUGCAACCGUUGAAAACUUUGAAACAGUUUGAACUUACCAGACCUCCUCAGGAAACAACCCUCAAAUUCAUGAAUGUUAUUGGUCCGUUUGUGAAAACACCUUGAGUAUCUUUUGUUUUCAAGAAUCGUUGUGAUUGUAUAAUCUUCAUCCAAGUGCCCCGGUUCGAGUAGUCGCACUGUAAUUCUGUAUUUGCUAAAUAACCCUGCGUGCAGACUUCUCCUUGUUCCUUUAUUGCACACGAGUAGGAAUAAUUGAAAAAAUAAUUAAAAUAUAAUACAAUUAUCCUCUCCCCCUAUGGGUCUUUUUAGGGACAAUAAAAAGAAUAAUUAAAAUAGAACACAACAAAGAUAAACCUCAACUAGUAGGAGGCGAACCAGUUGGCUAUUUUACAAGCAUGGCCGAGGAUUUGAACUGGGGACUGCCAAGAACGAAUCCAGCUCGAAGUUGUUAGCGUCCGGGGCGGGACUUGAACUCGGGGCUUCCGAAUUACAGGUCCAGCGUUCUAACCGCUCGGCCACGCAGCCUCCACAUACUGGUUCUAAUCCAUACAGCAGAAUAAAACCAUUGUUUGUCUCUUUCAGGCCGUAGAUCUUCCCCAAGAGUUUGUUCACCUGUACAUUUCAAACUGUAUCUCGACUUGUGAAAAUAUAAAAGAUAAAUACAUGCAGAACAGGCUUGUCCGACUGGUAAGUCAACAUAUUUGCAGUCAUCUGCAUGCGACAUUAGCCUGUUUUAUUGAGCCACAGUUACCCACAGUCUCAGUCAAAAUUGUUGCGACACUUUACCUUCUCCUUACUCUCCCAAUGUUGGUCUGCCAGAUUUGGUGAGAUAACUGCGAUAAACAACAUUGGGAGGAGGCGGGCCAGAAGUAGAAAAACAGCGUUCUAUGGAAGUGUCUGAGACUUCAGGUUAUACAGUUGAACAAACUGCCAAAGAUUCUGUUCCUCAGUCUAUAUUAUUUGUAUUCGUUUAUUUCAGGUCUGCGUUUUCCUUCAGUCUCUUAUUCGUAACAAGAUUAUUGAUGUCAAGGUAUGUUUCACGCUUCAAAACAAGGGGUUUUUCUUCCCCUGUGUACUGAAUGAGAGACCCUAACGAAUAACCAUUCACCACUUUCACUUUGUCCAUACUACACCUUGUUUAUCCUCCAAAAUUUUGCAUAGCCAUUUUUCAAUGCCUCCGGGGUAUUACAGUCGUCCCAAGGGAAAUUGAAGACAAUGCUUAUGCAAAAUUUGUUAAGGGUAAAGAAGGUGUUUUAUCGGUACUGUGAAAAUAUAGUGAAUUAUGCUAAAUGACAUCUCCCCUGUUAGCCUGCGUAUCCGGCGGGAUAGGGAGGGGUGUAACAGUGAUAUGGGCACCCCCAUUCCCAAAACCCUAGUGAUAUGGGCUUCCGCUGUAACCCUAACCCUAACCCAAAUCGCUAAGGUAAUAUGAGAAGGGGAUGCCCAUAUCACUGUAACAGGGGCAACAGCGAGCAGUGAAGCCACGAGGAGAAUGGGGCGAAAACAGCGCUCGCUAAACAAAACUACCAGCUAUUCAGGCUAGUCCCCAGUGUGUCAUGGGCAUCACUCGGGAGUUUGAUGGAUACUCUCAUAGACAAUGAGCCAACCAAACAGUGCCAUACUUUUCACUAGAUUUUAGUUAACGAAUCUGAUGAAGAUGCAAGGGAUAAUACUCCUUAAGCAUUUUGUUGCAACUGUAGUUGGAGACACAUUCCCUCAACAUUACAAUAUUAGAACCAUUCUUAUAGUUAAUAACAUUCGUGUUCAACAAAACACCAUAAAGACAAUAAUUCGUACUAAAAAGUUAAAGUCCCUAUUAAGUUGUUCUAUUUACAAAAUUUGUGAAUAAGAAGGUAUUUGUCGGGUCACUGCCUUACAGUAACUUCCUUAUCGUACAAUCCAGAUUUUUAUCCUUUCUAUGUGCUAACCAAGGCAUGAAUGUAGCUUCUUCGCUCCAUUUAUAAUAUGCCAGUUCCUUAAUGCAGAUCUUUUGGCUGGAAAUAAGGGGCUUAAAAAUGACCACUUUCGAUUGAUCUGCAAAGAAGCAACAAAACAUCAAAGCAAAUAAAAUUUACUACAAAGAAUUGAAAUUCUGUCCGGUGAGUUCUGGGAAAAGUGACUAGAAGAAAUGUAAAGGUGAGUUAGCUUGUUCUCACGUGAUGGUUGCAUUCAUUGUCUGUUCUUUUCAUUUUACAGGAUCUUUUCAUUGAAGUUCAAGCUUUCUGUAUCGAGUUCAGCCGCAUAAGAGAAGCGGCUGGCUUGUUUCGACUGCUGAGGACACUAGACAGUGGAGAAGCAAGCCCUGCACCCACCAAGUAGACUUCCAUUUGAGACGCAAGAUGUUCUUUAGUAAAGUAGGAGCCUCAGUCCUUCGCAGAGUCUCCCACUGGUAGUCAAGAACACUCGCCAAAAGAUAGCUCCGGCGGACAUCAUUCUUUUUCCAUCGUUCUCUCCCUCCUGUAUCUAACCAGCCCGGCUCGGCGUGGCAAAAGAGAGGUCUCUCCGGAGGAGAGGGGUUAAGGAAUUAUUGGGAUCAAGCAAGUUCGUAUCUCCACACCGAACAACGGAUAUGUACAGGAAAGAACUUUAGAAGCUUGGAUUCUCUUAUACGCCGUAGUAGUGGUGUUUCUGUGAAAGGUCCUUUUCCUUUUAAUUUUGACAUGUGGGUGAACAAGCUCACUAAAAGUCUCUAUAAGACGGACGCCUGCAGUUGUACUACUGUUCUUUUGUCAUUGGCUACUUAAAAAAAAAACGAUAGGAAAACUGGGCCGAGUUAGCUUUCCCAAAGACUUCUGGGACUGUUACUGGGGACAGGGAAAAAAUUGACCAAUUAGCCUCUUUGAGAUUGCGCGGGAGACCUGGUCGAGACGGUUUCAAAAGGCAUUGAGGGACUGUUUUGGGGAACGAAUUUUUAACAUGGAGGCAAAUUCGUUUCCCACAACAGUCCCACAAUGCACUUUGGCAACCAUCUCGGCCCGGUCUCCCGCGCAACCUCAAAGAGGCUAAUAGCUGACUGGCGCGUCCUUAGUGACGAUCCCAGCAACAUUUGCGGGACACAUUUCGUGUUUCUUAAGUGACAAAUUGUUUGUUACUUUCUAUUUAACAAUUAUUCCUCGAGCCCGAAUGGGCUCUGAGUCAGCCGAAUGGGCUAUUGACUCAGAGGCCAUAAGGGCGAGAGGAAUAAUUGUUUUAGUAAAAUCCAACUAGUUGGUCAAAAAUAUCGAGAAUAAAAAAAAAUUUAGCAAGUUAAAGCUAGACUUUAAUCCUUUUUUGCCGCCAAAAAGCCCGCGCUUUUCGCUACUAGUGGGCUAUAACAUAUAGCCUAUUAGUAGCUCAACCAAUCAGAACGCGGCAUUGAUCAUAGACCACUAGUUGGAUUGUACUAAAAACACUUAGUCCCAGUCCCAGCGGUGCCUUUCUUGGAGAGAUUUGACUGUAUUUCAGAUGUAGUUCUCGACUCCUCGUUAGCAUUUCUUAUUAUUAAGCGUAUAGCUAUAGUCAUUUGUUGUUUCGUGGAUUGUUCACCAGCGUGUCACAAGUUACCCAUAAAGAAGUUUCCCUACCAUUCUGUAUGUAACAAAUUUCUGCUUCCUUUCGCCCCUCACGGUGUACAUAACAACUCUGAGAACUUUCGGUGUUCUUUGCUUACAGUCGGCAU